AUCAGACAUUUGGCCUCUAACUGCAGUCCCGGGUUAACUGACGGGCAGGCAGGCAGGCAGGCAAGGUACAGGCAGGCAGUACUUGCGCUAUCCUCCUGCACCGCGUGGCUCUGCACAGCUCAGCACAGCUCAGCACAGCACCAGCGAUACUUACUGACUGCCUGACUGACUGCAAGCGGCACACGCUCAUCACUCGUCACUCGUCACCCGUCACCCAUCUUCACUCAACACUCGUCUCACCACCUGGGUCACCCAUUCUGUCGCAGUUGCUACUGCCAUUGCCCUUGCCGUUGCGUUACAUUUGCGGUCGGCCGGUGUCGUCUGGUGGCAGCCCUCCGUACUCUGCGCUCGGUACUCUGUCUGCACUCCGUACUCCGUACUCCGUACUCGUCUACCUAAGUACCCUUCCUCUCCCGUGCCUGCGCUUGCGCCUGCGCCUGCACCAGCACCAGCACCAGCACCUGCACCUGCACCAAAUUUUUCUCGUCUGUUCUAGGACUGCGUCCCACCUUUUCCCACCUUUGGCUCCCAAAAUCCACGUUCACCUUGUCCCGUAGGCUCCAUUAUCAGAUGGUGCGAUUUCUUCAUCUUCCCCCAUCUCUAUUUUCCUGUCGUGACGUGGACGAGGAGGAAGACUGGCCGCCUGACACCGACGACUCUGACUCCCGCGCCCGCGACCGCGACCACCACCACCACCACCGUCGCCUGCACCACCCUCACAACCACAACCACCAGGUCGCAACCGCCCGCCUCCAGUCCUAACGAGGUACUGCGUGCAACCUCUCGUUGUUUGCGCCUCGCAGCGCCCUUGGCCAAGUGGGACUUCACAGUACACGACGAGAAGUCUCAUCCCACUCCUUGCAGCACAACCACCCAUCGCCCCCGGUCGCAAUUCCGUCCCCUCCCUCCCUGCCUCGCCCGUCCCGUCCCGUCACGUCACGGCACGGCAGCUUGUCGUCACCCCGAGGCCGGGUCACCUCGCAAACCAACCACGCCCACACGCACACCUCUGCGCCCCCCCCCCUCCUGCUCGCUGCACCGCCGACCUCUCAACCACCCAGAGCCGCCGCCAUGGCUAACGGGCCUCAUGCACAGCCAGUCGGCGAGGACGCCUGGCUCGCAUUGAUCGAAGAGGAGUCGCGCGCCAAGGCAAGAGACAUCUCCAAUCGCGUCGACAUCCUCGAGCGCUACAAACAGGCGGUCAAUGCCGAGUAUGGCAGCCUCAGGAUAUGGAUCGCGUAUUGCGACUACUUCUGGUCGCUCUAUGUCGAGUGCAAUUCCUACGCCAACAACGGCUACCGCCUGUCGCAUGAAGAGAAGCUCAUUGGUCGUGAGAUAUUCUCCCUCGACGCCGCGCUGUCGCUAUGGCAGCAGGGCUACGAGUCCGUCAGGUAUCGGCUGAGCGACAGCCACGAACUCUGGAAUCGAUGGGUUGCAUUGGAGAUGGAGCUGCUGUCGAGUACUCGGACUAACCAAGGAGUGCAACGCAUCACGCAUCUCUUCAAGAACCGGCUGCAGACACCCCACAAGACCUGGGACGACACCUCGCAGAUGUUCUCUACCUUUCUCUCCGAAUACAACAGGGCAGAGUACGAAAGCACAAUGCAGGACAUUUCCAGUAGCACCCAAGAGACGAGGAAGAUCUGGGACGACCGAGAGACGUUCGAGAUCAAGUUGAACAGGGCAAGGGCCGAUGGGAAACUCGACGAGGAAAAGACCGUCAUGCGAGAGUACCUGGGCUGGGAGAUGAGACAGAAUAGAAGCAAAGAUGCCUUUCACCAGGGACUGCUGGUUGAGAUCUGCCUAGGCCUUUACUCGCGUGCUCUGACUGGCAUCUUCUCUAGAGACGACGGCAUUUGGACCGAUUACGUCGUCUGGGUCUCAUCUCUGCACACUGUCUUCAGUGCCGACCGGUCCCAGGCGAACGACAUGUUGCGUAUCCUGCCCAACCUCUUGAACACGCUCCAGCGCGCAGUCUCUCACUGCCCCUGGGCCGGCACAUUGUGGGCGCGCUACAUCCUCAGCGCCGAGGAGGCCGGACUCUCGUACGACCGCGUCGAACAAAUAAAGCACGCUGCCACCUCCAGCUCUCAGCUCGACCGAGACGGCAUGGCUAGCGUCAUCGACCUGUAUGCAGCCUGGUGUGGCUUCUUGAAGCGCCGGGCCAUGAAUCCGAACGCGACAGACGAGGACGCGGACGUGGCCGAGAUUGGGUUGACCGCCGCCUUGGAGGACGUGCAAGUGUGGGGAAAGCGGCUGUACGACAACGAGUAUAAAGGCGACCCGAACUUCCGCCUGGAGCGCAUCCUCGUCCAAUACUUGACCGAGAAGAAGGUCACGGUCGACGAGGCGCGCAACUACUGGAACCAGCUGGCCAAGAAGAGCAUCUAUGCCGACAGCUACAACUUCUGGCUGACCUUUUACAUGUGGGAGAUGUCCAUCUUCCAGACACACAAGGCGAUGAACGGUCGGAGCCCAACGCCUGCUUCGUUGGCGUCACGAGGCUCCCGGAUCCCGACAUUGGCAACAAGCAUACUGGCCCGCGCGGUGCAGCGGCGCACACUGGACUGGCCGGAGAAGCUCAUGGAAAUAUACGUGCAGCACUGUAACGACUACGAGCCGCCCGAAGCCGUUCGCCGCGCCAACGAUACCGUGCACAAGGGGUUAAAGGCUGUCGCCGAGCGGAGACAGGAGGAACAAGCGGCAGCCUACUCUGCGCAGAUGGCACAGUACCAAGAACAGGCGCAGGCAUCAUCAGCUGUUGCUGACCAGUCAAUGCAAGAGAUCUCGAGCAAACGGGUCAAACAGCAAGACGCGGAAGCCGAACAGCAACGCUUGAAACGCGACCGCGAGAACACGUCGGUCUUUGUGACCAAUUUGCCCCCUCCCCCGGAGGGAACUCAGACCAAGGUCAGGCAAUACUUCCGCGAGUACGGGCACAUCAACAACAUUGUCUUCAAGACCGAGGCCAGCGGCCAAUCAGCUGUGGCUCUCAUCGAGUUCGCAACUCCGGAGGAGCUGCAAUCCGCGCUGCUUCGGGACGGGAAGUAUUUUGGCCAGCAGCAAAUCACGGUGCUUCCUGCGACAGGGACCACCCUGUACGUCACGAAUUACCCCCCGCUCGCCGAUGAUUCGUUUAUCCGAAACCUAUUUAAAGAUUGCGGCGAGAUCUUCUCGAUAAGGUGGCCAAGCCUGCAAGCCAAUAGCCAUCGCCGAUUCUGCUACGCGACAUUUCGCGAUGCAGAGGGGGCGGCGAAAGCAACCAGACUCGACGGGAAGCUUCUGGAGGGCAAGUACAAGCUCGUGGCCAAGUACUCGGACCCCCAAAACAAGAAGAAUCGGGAAGGUCCUCAAGAAGAGGGACGUGAAGUCCAUGUCACCAAUGUCCCUGAGCAGGUGACAGAGGCAGAACUGAAGACCAUGUUUGAGAAAUAUGGCACUGUCCAGCGUGUUCGCAUUCUAGUCACCAAGACCGGCCACAGUCGUGGUUCCGCCUUUGUGGUAUUCCAGACAAAAGAGCAGGCCCAGGAGGCUGUUGCGGAGCUGAACCAGACAAAGCUCAGAAACAACAUCCUCAAGGUGGAGAAAUCUGUUGCCAAGAACUUCAAGCCUGUGUCUAGAGCUGGGCCUUCAAUGUCGCCCUCGCCGGGCCCAAGCGGUGCGAAGGACACCGAGGGUGACAAUGCCAUGCUAGACUACGACGAUGAAAAGUCCAAACCCAAGGAGUCCAAGGAGGCGGGACGGACGUUCGCGCUCAUGGGCUUGCCCGACACAAUGAAUGACGCCCGCGUCCAGGCCCUUGUGGAAGCACACGGCCAGCUUGCCAAGCUCACGCUUCGCCAUGAUCACGGUGGCGCCAUCCUUGAAUUCGUCGAUGCAGCUGCGGCGGGAAAGGCUCAACUGUCUCUGGAUGGAAUUGAGGUCGAAGACCGGAAGCUCAAGACUGGAUCCGUGUCCGAGCUCUUUCAGGAGAAGGGCGAAGUCAGGAUCGACCGUGUCGACCAGAAGCCGGCUGCACCGGCUCCUGCUCAGAACAGUAAGAGCAAGGUUUCCAGUGCGAUGAUGCCACCUCCGUCGACCAUGAUACGUCGACCGGUGCUGGGGUCCAAGGGGCAGAAACGCGGCCUUGGAUUCAGCGGCGUCAUCAACAAGGAGCAGAAAGCAGAGCCAUCGUCGUCAGCUCCCACGACCAACGGAGAAAACGGCGUCGCAUCUGGCACAUCUAGCGGCGGAAUGAAGAGCAACGCUGAUUUCCGGACGCUUUUACUGGGCAGUGGACCCAAAAAGGAUGACGGGGCACCAUCGAAUGCAGACACAAAAGCUGUCGAUAAUGGAGGAGUUGACGCAGAUGGGAAAGACAACUAGCGGUUGUGGUGUGAAUGAUGCUCUACAUAUUUUUAUGCCUUUGUACGAUAACUAAGCUACGGUUUGAAGGGCCGCGUCGCGGCCACCGCCAGUGUCCCUAUCAGUUGAAGGGGGUGGGGCCCAGAGCCAAAUCGACGAUGGCAGAGUGGGAGGGUGUUUCUUAUUGCUUAUACCCCGAGCUGAAGAAGAAUUGAAAAUCGAACCAAAUUAGCUGUCAA